UGGAAAUUAAAUUAAGGAUACUUAAUUGUGCUGUGAAUAAAUCUUGACGUCUUCUUACAUGCACGCACCUGAGAAAAAUACUUGCGUAUUGGCUAUAUCGCAGCGCUACACUUCUGACGUCAUGCGUGAAGUGAAGAAAAAGCCGCACCGAGUCACCUCACGCGCGUGACCGUAUGCCUGGACUCCGCCAUUUUUUUGCGCGUUUCAGGGCUGCGAUGCGUAGUUUUUAUUUGUGAAAAAAAUAUGUAAAAUGCUCUUGCGUUUCAAAGUGAAUCGGGAAUUUUAGAAAACAGGCCGGAUCCACCGAAACUAGAAGCCACAUAGCGACGUCACAACAUCAAGCAGCCCCCAUCCGAUUUCUGGAGAGGAGCAAAGAACGCAUGCUAAAUGCAGACGCAUGUGUUACGCAGUGCCGUGUUAUCUCGCUCGUCAUUGCCGCCGCCGCCACAAUAAUUGGACGUUGUCCACAGAGUGCUCCUAGGACCUGAAGUGCAUAAAAAAGAAACUGGAAGAGUGCGCCCCUGGUAGCCAUGAGUUUUUCCAGCGACGAGGUAAACUUCCUUGUUUACCGAUAUCUGCAGGAGUCGGGAUUUCUGCACUCCUCCUACGUGUUUGGCAUUGAGUCGCACAUCUCGCAGAGCAACAUCAACGGAGCCCUGGUGCCGCCGGCCGCCCUGCUAACCAUCUUACAGAAGGGUCUCCUCUACACAGAGGUGGAGUGGAGCGUCGGCGAAGACGGCGAGGUGGCGCGCCCCAUUGAGGGCCUAUCCCUGAUUGAUGCUGUGAUGCCGGAAGUGAAGCCGCCCAAGCCGGUGGUGAAAACGGAGCCUUGCAAACCAGGCGUGGACUCCACUGCGCCGACAGCCACAAAUGCCAACAGCAAUGUGAAGGCCGAGAUUAAGGUGGAGCCGGGUACGGUCAAUGCGGGGGCCACAAAGUCAUCCAGCAGCACCACAGGCACCACCACGCCAACAGAGUCCACCAACGAGGUGGACUCCAGCGGGAGUGCUGCAGCCACUGCCAAUAACGCUGCCAGCGGGGCAAGCAACGGCAAUGGUACCCAGGCAGCCACUGCCGGCUCCACCAACGCCACAGCCCCAGCUGCAGGCGAUUCCUCCGCAACAGCCGCCAGCGGAGCCAACAAAAAGGCCAACUCCAGUGAGCCCGGCAGUUCGACGGCGGUCAACAAUACGGGCAAUGCAAAUGCAACGAGCACAGACGACGCCGCCUCAUCCACAUCCACCAACGGCAACAGCAACACCUCCAGCAGUGCCGAGCAACCGUCAAGCGGCGCCGCUCCGGUCGGAGCCGCUGUCUCGACUUCCAAUCCCGAUACAGCUGCAGCCGCCGGAGGAACCGCCGCCGCGGGGGCCAAAACAUCCACUGCGGCCGUCACAAUACGAGUGGGAACUCAGCCCAACAAUGUUGCGGCGGGCACAGCCACAGCUCAGAGCUCAGCUCCCAGUGGGACCAUCUCCUCCUCUACGGGAGGCACCCCUGCCCCCGUCGAGGCCAUGGAGAUUGACCAGAGCAUCGAGAUACCCGAGUCCAAGGCCCGCGUGCUGCGUGGCCACGAGAGCGAGGUGUUCAUCUGUGCCUGGAAUCCCAGUCGGGACCUUCUGGCCAGUGGCUCUGGCGACAGUACUGCACGCAUCUGGGACAUGUCCGAUGCAAACACCAAUUCCAACCAGCUGGUGCUGAGGCACUGCAUCCAGAAGGGCGGAGCAGAGGUGCCCAGCAACAAAGAUGUCACAUCCCUGGACUGGAAUUGCGAUGGGUCGCUGCUGGCCACGGGAAGCUACGAUGGCUAUGCGCGCAUCUGGAAAACAGAUGGCCGCUUGGCCUCGACUCUGGGCCAGCACAAGGGACCGAUUUUCGCUCUCAAGUGGAACAAAUGCGGCAACUACAUUCUCUCCGCCGGAGUGGACAAAACAACAAUCAUUUGGGACGCUUCCACGGGCCAGUGCACGCAACAAUUCGCCUUCCAUAGUGCCCCUGCCCUGGACGUCGACUGGCAGACGAAUCAGGCUUUUGCGUCGUGCAGUACGGAUCAACGGAUACACGUGUGUCGGCUGGGCGUGAACGAGCCGAUAAAGACUUUCCGGGGCCACACCAACGAGGUGAACGCAAUCAAGUGGUGUCCGCAGGGCCAGCUACUGGCCUCCUGUUCAGACGACAUGACACUGAAGAUCUGGAGCAUGAAUCGGGAUCGCUGCUGUCACGACCUGCAGGCGCAUUCCAAGGAGAUCUACACGAUAAAGUGGUCUCCCACGGGGCCGGGGACGAACAAUCCGAAUACGAAUCUUAUUCUCGCCUCGGCCUCCUUCGAUUCCACUGUGCGGCUGUGGGACGUGGAGCGGGGUAGCUGCAUCCACACGCUCACCAAGCACACGGAGCCCGUCUACUCGGUGGCCUUCAGUCCCGACGGCAAGCACCUUGCCUCGGGCAGCUUCGACAAGUGCGUGCACAUAUGGAGCACGCAAACCGGGCAGCUGGUCCACAGCUACAAGGGAACCGGCGGCAUCUUCGAGGUCUGCUGGAACUCCAAGGGCACCAAGGUGGGCGCCAGUGCCUCCGACGGCAGUGUGUUCGUUCUCGACCUGCGGAAGUUCUGAUCCUCGGCUCCCAAUGGCGUUGUGGACACACCAUCAGCGCCAGCCCGCGUCCAGGAGAUCCUGAGUUUUGUCUAUUAAAGAACGCUUCGAUUCAUACUGUACACACACACAUCUUCAACACGAUCUGUUACCCGCCACUGUUUCUCGGCAUCUCGAUUCUUGGAUGGACUCUCUUGUUCCCAUGAAGCAAUAUCCAUUUCAUUCGUACCUUCAGAGAUGUCCAAGAGAUUGAGAUAGAUCCACCCGCCCGCGCCCCCUCCCCUAUGCUUUUGUCCAAUCUCUUUCGUACGCUUAGUCCCGAGUCACAUAAACGACAAGCUGCGCUCCCUCGUCGACGCUUCGGGGUGUGACACCUUUCGUUGCGGCGUUCGCGCGGGGAGAGCGCUCUUUGCUCGUUUCUUUUUAAUCUUAAUUGUAAGCUCUAUGUUUCUAAGAUUAUCACUUUUAUACAGAAAUCGUUUAGUAUAACUUAUGCAUUUUGUUAUUGUAUCGAUCGAUCGAUGAACGGAUGUGCGAUGAUGAGAGCCGACGGUCCUUAACGAUCCCUCCCCUCCCCAAUUCUACCACUUCUACAGUCUCUCCUCCUAACUUCAUGCUGCCCUUUUACACUUAAGACCUAAUCAUACGAGUACGAGUAUUUCCCCCGCCCCACACCCAACAUGUAGUUAGUCAGCCGAUCGGAUGGAUGGCUGAACAGACAAGACAGGUGAUGGAGAGAUCUGACCGAUUCACGCAUACAUUCAGAACAGUGUAACUGCAUCCCAAACCCCCCGUAGCUUGUAAGCACGAACGUAAGCCUAAGAUUUAUAAAGAAGAUUGGCGAAAAACAAAAGAUUCAUUAAAGCUAAAGCUAUAUUUAACAA